AACGCGCAAACAUGUCUCCUCGUGUAUGACUGCGUCUGGUUGGCAAGUUAGCCAGCAGCACGCGUGAAAGAUUGUUUUCACCAUUGACGACUCAGCCGCUGAAAAGUGCAUCGGCUACUGUGGCUCUCCUUUCCCACAUCCAAAGGCAUUUGAAGGAGUUGGUAUACUACAGGAAACCUACGGACAUGUCCUCCCCAGAAGAUGGGACUGUCGAGCAGGCCCACACUGGGCUCGAGACCAUCAUCAGUGUCACCAUUGGGGCGACUGUACCUACAGGGUUCGAACACACAGCUGCAGAGGAGGUCCACGAGAAGAUCGGUGUAGAAGCAUGCAUAAGUAAAGACCGCGGUCGUAUUUACUUCACCAUUACUACUGAUAAGCUCUUCCAGGUUCACCUGCUGAGGUCUGUGGACAACCUGUUUGUGGUUGUUGAUGAAUAUGAUCAGUACCAAUUUAAGGAAUCUAAGGAGGAGACAUUGGCAGAGCUGCAGCAGCUUGCCUCCAAGCUUCCGUGGACUAACGCCUUGGAGGUGUGGAAACUAAACCGCACUUUCAAAAAGAGAAAAGGCCAACGUAAAGGAGCCAGUGGCGCCAGAGUUAAGCCCAGCAGUGAGGUCGGAAAGGCAACUCCGGCUGACGGCAAGUCGAAGGCGCAAGCUGAGGAGCCGCCUAUUGCUGAUGACCCAAACAAGACCGAGGAGUCACGUGACACUGAGACGAGCACGCAGGGUUCUGAGGAAGCAGAACCCGACGUCACCCCUAAAAUAAUCAAGUUCCGUGUGACCUGCAACCGGGCCGGUGACAAGCACAGCUUUUCCUCCAAUGAGGCAGCAAGAGAUUUUGGCGGAGCGGUGCAGGAGUUCUUCCAGUGGAAAGCAGACAUGACAAAGUUUGACAUUGAGGUCUUAUUGAAUAUACACAAUACUGAGGUGGUGAUUGGCAUCGCACUCACCGAAGAGAGUCUUCACAGAAGAAACAUCAGCCACUUUGGACCCACCACACUGCGCUCCACCUUAUGCUAUGGCAUGCUCAGGUUGUGUAAACCUCAGCCAUCCGAUAUUAUACUUGAUCCAAUGUGUGGAACUGGAGCAAUACCUUUGGAGGGGGCCUUAGAGUUUCCUGCGUCCUUUUACAUUUGUGGAGACAACAAUGACAUGGCCGUAAACCGCACGGUCAACAACGUGUGUCACAUUCAGAAAAGGAAGGCAGACAAGGGCGGUGCACCUGGGCUGCCCAUUGACACUGUUCGCUGGGAUUUGGCCAGUUUACCCAUGAGGUCCAGCUCAGUUGAUAUCAUCAUCACUGACAUGCCCUUUGGAAAGAGGAUGGGAUCCAGAAAGAAGAACUGGGACCUUUACCCGUCCUGCCUGAGAGAAAUGGCACGUGUGUGCAGGCCGGCGUCUGGGAAGGCUGUGCUCUUGACACAGGACAAGAAAUGCUUUUCCAAGGCUCUGUCCAGAAUGGGGGGACUGUGGAGGAAGCAGCACACUGUUUGGGUCAAUGUUGGUGGUUUACACGCCGGUGUGUUCCUGCUCAGGCGGACCGGCGCCGUGUUUGGCCAAACUCCCGAAGAUUUCUAUGAAUCACGAGGGACAGCGUGUACACAAGAAGAUCAGGACGACAGCCAGCGCUCUUAGGUUGCAGUUUUACUUUUGCACCAUCCCAUGUAUAUUGGAUCAACAUAACUUAUAUUUUGUUAGCUGAUUUUAACUUUUUUUUUUUUUUUUUUUUUUUUAAUUCACUUUUCAUGUCAAGUGGCCACGUCUCAUUUGGCUAAACAGCCAAACAAAAAGAAAACCCUUGAUUUUCACCCUUUUGCUAACUUCACUUCUAAUACAAGAGCAAACCGUAACAAAUUUGUUCUCAUUAUGUGCAGCUGUACGUAAUGAAGUGGGUCACAAGUGCCCAUCUAUUGUUGGGCACCGAGUUAAGCUGAUUUCAUGACACUUACUGAAACAGUAGUUAUUGCAGGCUUUUUUGUCGAGCAAUACAAGUAAAAAAGAAAGCUGCUGUCUUGGGAAGAGUAAGUUUUACAUUACCAGUACUUGGUUUAUCAUUCAAUAGCACUAAAAAGUGUGUCCAAACUUUUGACUGUUACUGUAUGUUCAGUGUGAUACAGUAAAUGAUUAAACUUAUUUGAAUGAGGACGUCGAAUGAAAAACUCACUGUGCCAUUGUUCGACUGUAGUGCAAAUGAAGAUUUGCAUGUAGUAAUGUUCAGGCACUUCUAAUGGUGUACAACCCUCCCAAAGCAACAAAACUAACUCUAUAGUAUAUUUUCUUGCUGUUACAUUAGCUUCCUGUAAGAGAUGAUUUCUAGGAUCUAAAAGGAUCCAGUGUUGUUUAUAAGGAGUACUGUAUAUGCUGUUUAAACGUAACCUCGGGGUCACAUUCGAUCAGGCCAUGCUUUUUAACACAGAACUCUUAACCAGUUCCUGCUUUUUCCAACCUGAAAAUAUUUCUGAACUUGAUUUGUUGUUAUUGCUAUUUAUUUUAAUUUUAUUUUAGGUUAUCUCAUUCUGAACUAGAAAAGCUCUUGUCACCCUGUUGUCUCCUGACGUCUUGACAGUUGGAAUUCUCUCUCCACCUAUUUCAACAACACUUCAUUAGACCGUUGCCAAUUAGGCCAGAAUGUCGCCACUCGGCUUUUGUCUUUCACUGGGUCUUUGCUAAUUAUAGGAUCCAGUACAAAAUUUUUAUUCACUUAAAGAACCUUCAAUCAUCAGGCUUCUCACUACUUGGUGGAGCUUGCCAUUUUGUUGUACUAUUGGGUCACUGUUGUCUGUUUACCACCUUUUAGACUGACAAUUUAAUCUAUACAAUAUAGAAAGCCAACCAUUCACACUCACAUUCACACCUAAGGACAAUUUGG